AUGGCUACCCCUAGUGUCCUCGCUUUUGACGCUGAGGGUAGAGCCGUAGACUUCGAGGUCUGGCUAGACGACCUGCAGCUGUUUUUACAGUGCGAUAGGGCGGACGGUCUGUCUCUCUUUGACCUCACCUCUGGCGCCGUCCCUUCCCCUGCUGCUGAUGCUGACGCCACUGUUCGCUCGCAGUGGGCCACGCGCGAUGCUGCUGCACGUCUUGCUGUGCGUCGCCACUUGCCUACCGCUGAACGCGCGCACUUUAGCCAGUACAAGAGUGCUCAUACCUUGUACGACGCUGUAGUUGCGCGCUACUCCUCCCCUGCCACUGCUGCACUGAGCCGCCUCAUGCUCCCCUUCCUCUUCCCUGACCUUGCCGCCUUUCCCACUGUCGCUGAUCUCAUCACGCACCUCCGCACUAGUGACACUCGCUACCGCGCUGCGCUUCCUGCUGACUUCAGCGCCAAGAACCCCCCCCCCAUGUACACCACUCUCUACUUCUUAGUCACUCGCCUCCCAGACUCCCUUCGUGUAGUCCGGGACCACUUCCUCGCAGUCUGUCCCACCACCCUCACAGUCGACAGCCUAGAGAAGGCCCUCCUUGCGGCAGAGAAGAGCAUAAUCGCUGUAGGUGCCUCUCGAGGUGACCCCCGCGCCCCCAUCUUUGAGGGGUGUUCUCCUUCCCCUCUCCUGCCCUCUGUCGCCUCUGCCGCUGCGGCCGACCUCGUUGGCCUUGAGUCGGUCGUGGGGGCGGUGGAGGUGGAGGUGGAGGCGGCGGAGGGAGUGGGGGUGGCGGUGGUGGUGGUAGCGGGGGUGGGGGUGCUAGUGGCGGCAGUGGAGGCGGGGGUGGCGGCGGCGGUGGCGGUAAUAGCGGAGGUGGUGGAGGUGGCGGCGGUGGAGGCGGAGGCGGGGGCGGUGGAGGCGGAGGCGGGGGUGGCGGAGGUGGAGGUGGUCGGAGUGGAGCUUCGCAGCGGAGCAGCACUGGGGGAGCGCGGUGGGGGUUUUGGUCCCUGCACCUACGUUCUCCGCACUGGCGACCGCGCUGGAGAGCAGUGUGGGGGCACCCACACCGCCCAGCGCUGCUUUGGCCGCCUGACGGACGCUUGGCGCCAGCAGUUCCCGGAGGCCGCGGAGAUCCCCCGCUGGGGAGAGCUGUCUAGGGCUGGUGUAGCUAUCUUUGAUCUUGAUUUUGAUGCUAUCCUUGCUGCCAUGUAUGCUGUGACCAUUAGUGAUGAGGGUGACUGUUACCGGUGUUUCCCGCCCGACCCGGGCAUUGGUACUGCUGCUCCAGGUACCGGUGAGGCUUCUGCUCUUGGUGCCAGUGCGUCUGUGCUCUCAGGUGCUGGUGAGGCUGCUCUCUCAGUCCUCCCGUGUCCGGCGGCUCCCUCUGGCACCCUGUCUGGUCUCUACCUCCCCUCGUUCUCUACGAACUUGGUGAGUGGUGCUAACCUACAGGAUGCGGGAGUCCACCAGUUCACCCCUGCUAGUCAGCGGGUGACGCACUGCACAGAGGCUAGCACGGGUCGUCACCUGGCCACAUUUACACGUCAGCCAAGGUCGAGCCUGUACACACUGACCACUGCUUCUCCUCCAGGUGCUGAGUCUGGUAGAGUCCCUUCGUCUGGUCAGGUGUUUUCUGCAGCGUCCAGGUCUGGUCCUGAGUCUGCCCCCUGUUCGUGUCGCCGUCUGUCUCAUGAGACCCUCCUCUGGCACCACCGCCUUGGCCACCCCUCUCUGCUUCGGCUCAGAGGCAUGGCCUCCCGUCUUCUUGUGUCUGGUCUCCCCCGGUCCCUCCCUCCCCUUCCUCAGGGCCCUGGCCCUGCCUGUGUCCCCUGUGUCGAGGGGCGCCAGCGUGCUGCCCCUCACUCCUCCCAGUUUCCUCCGACAGAGGCUCCGUUGCAGACGCUUCACAUGGACGUGUGGGGCCCUGCCCGCGUCCGUGGAAUCGGUCACGAGCGCUACUUCCUGUUGGUGGUUGACGACUACUCGCGUUACACCACAGUCUUCCCCUUGCGCAGCAAGGGUGAUGUCAUUGAGGUGCUGAUCGACUGGAUCCGCGCAGCUCGUCUCCAGCUCAGGCAGAGCUUUGGCUCGGACUUUCCUGUGUUGCGUUUGCACUCGGACAGAGGCGGAGAGUUUUCCUCUAGCCUUCUGCGUGCCUACUGUCGUGCGCGAGGCAUCCGCCAGACCUUCACGCUUCCGGACUCCCCGCAGCAAAAUGGGAUUGCAGAGCGCCGCAUUGGCAUGGUCAUGGACGUCGCUCGUACGUCUAUGAUGCAUGCGGCUGCCCCCCAUUUUCUGUGGCCGUUUGCGGUCAGGUACGCGGCGCAUCAGAUCAACCUCCACCCCAGGGUCUCCUGGCCGGAGACCUCCCCAGCCCUGCUGUGGACGGGGAAGGUUGGCAAUGCGUCGGCGUUCCGGGUCUGGGGAUCUCGGGCGUUUGUCCGCGACUUGUCUGCGGACAAGCUGUCCCCUCGCACUGCUCCCUGCGUCUUCCUGGGGUUCCCCCCCGACGCCUCUGGGUGGCAGUUCUACCACCCCACCUCUCGACGUGUUCUGUCCUCCCAGGACGUCACGUUCGACGAGUCGGUACCCUACUACCGCCUCUUCCCCUACCGCACUCCGUCCCUCCCACCGCCCCCGCUCUUCUUGGUACCAGGUCCCCCCCCGGUAGACCCCCUCCCCCCUCAGGGUCCUGCCCCUUCAAGUGUGUCCCAGGUAGACGCGGUCGAGCCUGUCGAGGUCACUGGUGACUCUGGUGCUGCUGCGGGAGCUGAGCCUGGGGGUGCUGGGACUUGA